AUGUCACGUAAUGUAAUCACUAUUGAGAGCUGGAAGAACUGCUGCCGCGUCGACCCGUGGCAGUUCCAGCUCUCAAUAGUGAUUCAAGAGCUAAGACCAGCGGCUGACGAUUGCCAGUAUUGGCAGCUGCGUUUUACAUGUUUAUUGGUACCGGAGCUGCCACGGUUUGACACUGUGGCUGCCGCUUAUUUUUCUAGCCCUCAACAAACAAUGCGCAUCAAAAAUGUGAUUGCCAAUAUCAUCGCCUAA